AUGUCUGAGCAAUUGAAGGAAACUAAAUUACCCAUCGAUCAAAGUAGCGAUCAAAAUAUCAUCUUUCAACCUGUAACACUGUCUGGUAAUUACCUAAAAGACACGACUUCAACCCUGGAAUAUGUCUAUUUUGCAAUAAGCUGGCUGUUAUACAAUUAUCGCAGCGAUUGCAUCAAUAAGCUCUCUUUUAAUUCAGUCAAUUUAUUUACCAAAGAUGGCCUGCCAAAGGGUAGUUUUGACACCACCAAGAUCGAAAAUUGGAAUUCUUGUCAUUUACACAGGCAAUGGAAGGAGCAUCAUCAGUCGUUUGCUUGUACUGGUGUAUUCGUUUUUGCAAUCUUAACUGCUGAUGUUCAAAUUCUACCUGUAAAUAAACCUGAUUCAACGAGUCACAAUGGUCCUAAUUGUGUUGACCAUCGCAUUUAUACUUCUUCUAUCCUUUUAUCCGUAUUUAAUCACUUCAUGCUGGAAGGCCGUAAUUCCACCGCUAUCCAGGUCGAAAUGGAAAAUUCCCUCCUAACUUUAGCCAAAGGAGAUGCAAUAUGUAUUUAUUUCUCCUUUGGAUGCUCGUCACAGUUGAUAGAGGUGAUAGCUAUUGAUGCGUUGUUCAUUAGAAUGAAUUCAUUAUUAUUAAAUGGUAGCCUUUUUAGCGAAUACCACAAUAACGUCACUACUACGAAUACACUACCGAAGUUAAUAACUGAAUACAGCAAUGAAGUUCCCAAACCGAAAAACAUUUCUGCUUUAACCAAUUUAGAAUCCAACUUGGCACGCUUCAUAUUUAAGGAUCAAAUUCAAAUGCAAGUUCGAAACCUGGCUAACGAGAUAGUUAAUUACAGAUCGAGUCAAAGUGAGGGUGGUUUACCAAAUGGAGUCACGAAACCCAUAGCUUCAUUUGUUAAGAAUAAAGAAUAUAAAAGCGUUCUGACAAGUAUUGUAGACACUGCAUCGCCACCGAUAUUGGUUAAACCACUACUAAAGUAUUUAAUUAGUAAACUGUAA